AUGGGGGCUCCUCUUCCAAUUAAAGACUGGAUAAGACUGAAAACUAUAGGGAAUGGCUCUUAUGGAGAUGUGAGUCUUGCCCGAAGCUUGGAAGAUGGCCGUUUAUUUGCUGUAAAGUCUGCAACCUGCAACAAUGAAGAGUUUCUCGAAUCUCUAGAGAGAGAAAUUCUGGUACUCAAGAAUCUGGAUUCUCCUUUUAUUGUAAGGUACCUUGGCCAGUGCAAUGACGAAGAAGGAAGGCUGAAUAUCUUCAUGGAGUACAUGGAUGGCGGUGAUUUGUCCGCACUAUCUAUGAGAUGCAAGGGAUUGCCGGAAAUGGCCAUUAAAGCUUACACAACCUCCAUUCUAAGAGGUCUUCAAUACCUUCAUGGCAACGGAAUUAUUCACUGUGAUAUUAAAGCAAAGAAUGUGCUCUUGGGGUUCUUAGGCGACGUCAAACUUGCCGAUUUUGGUGCUGCAAAGAGGGUCUCCAGUGAGCUUCAUGAUAUUCACGCCGGGACUUUGGGGUGGAUGGCCCCUGAAAUUUUUAGGAGGAGGGAACAGGGCAUACCCUCAGAUAUAUGGUCCCUCGGUUGUACAGUUGUGGAGAUGGCUACAGGGAAGGUACCAGAGUUAUCACCAGAAAAACUUAAACUCACUGGAAUUUCAGAUUGCGGCCUUGAUUUCCUUGAGAAGUGUUUCAUUCGAGAGCCAACAGAAAGGUGGACGGCUUCUCAGUUGCUUCACCAUCCCUUUCUGGCAUAUGUACACUCAAAUGAAACCCUAUUUUCACCAAGUACUGUCCUCGACAAUUUAUCGACUCCUCGACGAAUAGAGUGGACUGAAACGCUGACAAGUUGCAGAGGUUUUGACAAAAAUCAGACAAACAUAACCCUAACAAGCUGCAGUGACUUUGAUGAAGAACAGACAAUUAAUACCCUAAAAAGUCACAGAGCUUCACAAGCAAUGCUGAGGAUCAAAACCCCAACAAGUUGCAGAGGUUUUGACCAAGAGAGGUGGGAGACCAAGGAUUGGCUAACAUUGUGA